CUUGGUUUUAAUUUUAAGAGUAGAGAAGAGAGAGAAACUCAAUAGUUUCCAAUUCACCGCCUCUCUCAAGCUCCUCUCCCCACCGUCACACUCAGCUCCUCUCCACCGUGACGGACAGGAUUCAAUGAAUCAACUUGCCACCGUCACGAAUCACGAAAGAAAUCGCUCAAUCUCUCACCGCUUGUGAAGAAAUCAGACGAAUUUAAUUUUGGUUUUUGGCAACAGCUUUGGGUGUUUGUAGUUCCAAAAGUUCAUCUUGUUUCUUGGACAAGGUCAAGGAUGAUUGAUUUGGUAUCAAAAGGUUUGGCUACAUUAGAGAGAAACCAUAGAAAGCAUAUGUGCAUAUCAAUGGAAUUAGUAGCUGCUGUUCUUGGAGACCAUGGACAGCGUCCUCAUGAAGACUAUGGGACUAUACAAAUCCUAUGUUUCCUGUCAAUCAUAGUGCUAUUGAGGGGGCAGCACAGCCUGUUAUUGGUCCCGAUGGAAAGAGGAGAGAACCGGAGAGCAAUGUACUUUUGGCUUCCAUUGAAAAUAUGCAGUAUGCUGUUACUGUUGACGUCAUCAACACGGUUUUUUUCUGCAUUUGGUACUGUCCAGAAAAUUGCCAUGUUCGAAAAUAAUGGUCAAACUCAGGCACUAAUUCAGUACCCAGAUGUUACGACGGCAGCAGCUGCUAGAGAAGCUUUAGAGGGGCAUUGCAUAUAUGAUGGUGGCUAUUGUAAGCUUCAUCUAUCAUACUCUCGUCAUACUGAUCUCAAUGUAAAGGCUUUCAGUGACAAAAGUAGAGACUAUACAGUACCACAAGUUCCUGUAACAGCUUGGCAAAAUCCUCAGGCUGCACCUAUGUACCCAACCAGUUCCCCUGGUUUUCAGACUCAAGUUCCUGGAGGACAAGGGCCAUCAUGGGAUCUAACUCAGCAUGCAGUUAGACCGGGUUAUGUACCUGUUCCCGGUGCUUAUCCUGUUCAAAAUGGUGCAUAUCCUACUAUGCCCGCCUACGCGUCCGCAGCUAUACCUACCGCUUCCUGGCCUCUUGCUCAAAGAUCCCAUCCCGGGGUUCCACCCAAUGUAAAUUUACAGCCUAGUGGUGGUUCAACUUCCGGUCCUGGUUCCUCGCCUCACAUGCAAACCAGCUUUGGUGCUCAAGGAUUGGUUCGGCAUGGGGUGCAGCCAAAUGCAAGACCUGGUGGUGAUUCUGAUAGGACUUGAUCUCGAUUACGAUUAAACAUUGAUCAAUAAAAUAAAACAGUAGAAUAUAGUAGUGAAUAGAAAUUCUUAUUGCUGGAAAUAACUAGAGUUCAUGUGGGAUCUAGCUCACAAUACAAACAGAAGACUAAAAUGUAAGGAAAUAAGCUGUAAAUGAUAAAGGAGGCACUUCGAGAGGCCUUAGCUCUCCUAGGGUUAAAUUCACCACUUCAAAUCAUGCAUAAAAAACAAUGGCAGGGAAACACUCUCCUAUUUAAUCAAUCAGAUCUAGAUUUACUUUCUCUUCCCUCGCUGAAUAAGGAAACAUUCCUAUAAGGGAAUGAUUAGCUGUAUCCUUCUGCCCACGUUUCCUUUUAUAAAAUCUGUCAUAACUAUCAAUACCCCCCCUUCAAAAUUCUCCUUGACCUCAAGGAGGAAUCUGGGAAACUCUUUUCUCAUCUUGUCAGCUAGUUCCCAAGAGUUCUCAACACCUAGAAGUCCUUUCCGCGUGACUAACACUUCAACCUCCCCACUUGCAUUCCUUCUGGUAUCUAAUGCUUCUUCAGGUUCUGGUUUUAGCUGCCACUCUUCAUUCAAACUAGUUGGUAAAGGUUGAAAAUGAUUAUGUUUGCCAUAGACCCAAUUAAGCAAACCAUAGAUUGAAUAAGAUUUUCUCCAACAACAUUCACAAUCAACUUUAGCCUUAAACACAUUGAAUUUCCCGUGGUCCCAUGGUAUUAUCCUCACUGAUGAAUUUAAUAUCAUAGUUGCAAACAUCAAAGCUUUAGAGAUAAAAUAGCCCCUUUCCAUCUCAAGAAAUUGAAUAAGUGGAAUAACAACAACCUUGACAUCAUACUGUUGCAAUACCAUCUUCACAACCACCCAAAUUGAUUUCCUCGCAAUUGGAAUGUCUGCAUUGGCAUCAUAUUCACGCUGCUCUGUCACCAUCUCACCUGUGUUACUUUCAUUUGCAACCGCGGUCAUCAUUUUCAGCCUCAACUUUUUGACAUCUGAUGGCCCAUUAUACUUGUCAGUAAUCAGUAUAUCCAGUGGCGCCUCUUCUACAAAAUCAAGAAGCAUGAUAAAAUCAUAGACUGCAUCCUUUAUUGAGAAAAUGGUUAAAUGAAAAACAAAUGCUGCUGGUGCUAUGCCAUUUUCUCUGUUCUUGCUGUCCAUAGUUGGAUUUAAGAGCUUUUUCACCAACAUUGGUUGACCCCCAAUUUUAUCCAUGUCUUUAAGACUUGAAUUGAACUCAAGCAUGUUAUCACAGAUAAAAUAUUCAUAAUCAUGUCUACGUUCUGUUAUAUCAACUAGAACCACAUCUAACCCAUUAUGAAAGGCCUGUUGACAUGCUUUCUUUGCCACACCAACAAGAUCUUUGGCGUGACCUUUCUUUAAUACAUAUGUUUGAAAUAUAAUUGCAAGUGCCCAUAAUUGUUUAAUAGCUCCCGACUGAAUUGCAUCACAAGUAGAUAGUAUAACUUUGUUAUUGUGUUGUUUGAGCCAACAAUCAAUCCUAAUUAGAUUAGAAUUCCCCACUCCCAUAGAUACAACGACAGGUCUGCUUAGCUCCUUGGUAACAUUGAUAACCUUCAAUGUGCCAACAUAAUGAUUUGGAAUGAAAAUAUGAACACCUAUUUUUUUGCUUGCAUGCCAUGCAUACUCAGAUGUAAAUGCCCACUUGGCUAUUGCAUUUGUCAACAUCUGUAGCACCUCUAAUGCCUUGACAUCUUUAUAUUGCCACUGGGAAAUGACAUAUGUAGACAUCCUUAACACAUCUAACACUUUGACAUCUCUAAUCACUAUUAGUAGUGAACCAAGACCACAAGGAAGGUAAAGUAACCUUUCUUCUGUCCCUUGAAUUGGGAUAUGUGAAUUUCCCUUUUUCUGAACCCACAGGUUGUUAGUUUUGAAUUGGGCCAACUCUAUUAUUUUUGCUCCUGCCCAAUUGGUGAAUAUCUCAAAAAGCAAAACAUCAUUAACAUGGGUCUGGUUCAUUAGAUUAAAAGAUGUACCAAAUUCACAGAUUCCCCAUUUUGCCCCCAGUUUUUCUAAAAUUCCUCCCAAUAUAGAAAUUACCUUUUUUGCCCUUUGUCUUUCCAGAUUUUUCUCAACUGAAGUGAGAUUGAUCUGCUCGGUCGAUCUAGAGGUCAUCUUCGCCGGUGUUGCCUGUGGUGGUGGACUUAUCUCUGCUCCUGAAUCGGUGGUCGGUGACUGCGAUGAUGGUGGUAGCUUGGCCAACGGCCCAUUCCCCUGAACAUAAUUUUCCGGAUCGGGAGGUUUAGGUAGUGGAACUCGUUGUGGAAGGACCAUCACUGAUUGGUUGGAAUUCGACGGGUCUGGCUCUAGUAACUGUGUGUGCGCUACCGGUGCUUCAAUGAUUUGGAAGUUUCUGGACACCGGAGGUUUGGGCGGCGCAACUUGCCAUACUAGUGUCGUCGUAGAUCGAACGACGUUCAGCGGUGGUGUUCGAGACUGCAAAGCUGGUGUAGGUGCACAAUCGUUCUCCUCCGUCGUACAUAGCACCCUCAUCUUCUCUGUCACAACCUUCACCGCAGUUUCACAAACCUUCAAUUCUGUUUCUGGUUGAAACUCUAAUUUGUUGAGAUGAAUUCCUUCUUCAACGUCACAGAAACUCUGAUCAUUACCACCGUCAGUUUGCUGUGGUUGAGAUUGUGAGUCCCACGACCACGUGCUAUUAUCGGUCCAUUCCUCUUCUUCGUCAUAGUGGUGAACUCUUUCCCGUGGUCGCCCCCGACGACGGUUACAACGAUCCCGUUGUUUUAGGAUGAGCUCGCGAAUCUGCUCCACCGUGACUGGUGGCGGUCGUGAUUGUUGUUCCAAAACCAACUGACGAAGCUGCUCAACUGCAACUUCAGCUUUGCUCAUCCUUUGUUCUAACGCAUCAACACGUUUCUCUAUUCGGUGAUUGGAUUUUGGAUUGUAACCAAGGCUCUGAUACCAAUUGAUAGGACUCGAUCUCGAUUACGAUUAAACAUUGAUCAAUAAAAUAAAACAGUAGAAUAUAGUAGUGAAUAGAAAUUCUUAUUGCUGGAAAUAGCUAGAGUUCAUGUGGGAUCUAGCUCACAAUACAAACAGAAGACUAAAAUGUAAGGAAAUAAGCUGUAAAUGAUAAAGGAAGCACUUCGAGAUGCCUUAGCUCUCCUAGGGUAAAAUUCACCACUUCAAAUCAUGCAUAAAAAACAAUGGCAGGGAAACACUCUCCUAUUUAAUCAAUCAGAUCUAGAUUUAGUUUCUCUUCCCUAGCUGAAUAAGGAAACAUUCCUAUAAGGGAAUGAUUAGCUGUAUCCUUCUGCCCACGUUUCCUUUUAUAAAAUCUGUCAUAACUAUCAGAUUCACCUUCAGGUCAGCAUUAUUAUGGUUAGAAAAUUAUAGUUUUACUUUUAAGCGUCAAUUCAAUCAAAAAGCAGAACAACUUCAAUGAUGGAAGAGUGAUAAUAUUACUAAGCUGCUGUUUAGUUGGAAAGUACAUCAUCAUGACAUCAUCGAUAUUUAUUAGUAAUUUUAAUAAUGAAAUUUAAUUUGCAAGCUUUGGAA